AACCGAAUGGAAGCAACGUCUACCUAUUGGGUGAACGAAGCACAAGCGGCAAUUGAGGCCCGUUUGGAGUACACUAAGGUUAAGGGUAAGGCCCGCAACGUGGUGAUGUUCCUCGGUGACGGCAUGUCCGUACCGACACUUGCGGCUGCGCGGACGCUGCUCGGGCAGCGAGAAAAUCGAACUGGAGAAGAGUCGAAUUUAUUUUUUGAGACUUUUCCUACUGUAGGACUUGCUAAGACUUAUUGUGUAGACUCCCAAAUCCCCGAUUCAGCAUGUACUUCAACUGCCUAUCUUUGCGGUGUGAAAGCAAAUCGCGGUACACUCGGUCUCACAGCGGCUGUACCGAGAUGGGAUUGUCCAGCUUCCGUUGAUACUUCUUCACAUUUAGAAUCAAUCGCCGCGUGGGCACUUGCCGAUGGCCGUGACGCUGGCAUCGUGACUACAACGCGAGUGACUCAUGCUUCACCUUCGGGAGCUUAUGCGAAUAUAGCGAAUAGAGAUUGGGAGAAUGACGCAGCUGUAGCCGCAGAUCAAUACGACCCUGAGCUAUGUCACGAUAUCGCUUAUCAGCUUGUGCACUCGCAUCCUGGAAACCACUUUAAAGUUGUUUUAGGUGGAGGUAGAAGAGAAUUUUUACCGUAUGAUGUUGAAGAUGAAGAAGGUACUUCCGGUAAGAGAUUAGAUGGUCGUCAUCUCAUUGAGGAGUGGCAAAUGGAUAAGAUCAUGCGUAACGUAAGCUACCAGUACGUUUGGAAUCGCGAACAACUACUCAGUGUAAAUGCUGAUCUACCUGAAUAUUUGUUAGGCCUUUUUGAAGGCAGUCACUUACAAUACCAUAUGCAAGCCAAUACCAGCACUGAGCCUACACUUGAAGAGUUAACAGAAACUGCGAUACGUUCACUAAGUAGAAACAGUAAGGGAUUUUUCUUAUUCGUGGAAGGUGGACGUAUCGAUCAUGCUCACCACGACAACCUAGUAGAAUUGGCACUUGACGAGACGAUAGAGUUGAGUAAAGCCGUUGCACGUGCUGCGGAGUUGUUGUCAGAAGAUGAUUCAUUAAUUGUAGUAACCUCGGACCACGCACAUGUAAUGGCUUUCAACGGAUACACUCAUCGCGGAGGUGAUAUUUUGGGGCCCUCAGACGACACUGGCGAUGACGGUGUUCCUUAUAUGACGUUAUCUUAUACAAAUGGUCCAGGCCAUCGUCCACAUCAAGCAGAUAAUCGAGUUGAUGUCACUCGCGACGAAGAUUAUCGUAAAUUGGAAUGGAGAUCACACGCUGAAGUGCCACUUGAAUCUGAGACACAUGGAGGAGACGACGUAGCUGUAUUUGCAUGGGGUCCACAAAACAGAAUGUUUUCAGGGAUGUACGAACAGAACCAGUUGCCUCACCUGAUGGCGUAUGCAGCAUGUAUCGGGCCCGGUCUGCAGGCUUGCUCAUCAGCCGCCUCACAAACCUUAGCUAUAACAGUACUUACUCCUCUUCUAAUGCUUAUAUACGCGCAGCGUGUUCCUGUGGAGUACACGUUCAUGGUGUUCAGCGCUCUCUCCGGGCGAGCUUGGCUAGGAGUCUCUCACUUCGCUUGCUGCUCCCCGCGCCCCCCGCCGAACGAACCCCGCACACCCUUGGCGUCGACCUCGGGGCUGCGAUCCGGCAGUCCCGACCGCCCGCCCUUGCGUCGCGACGCAUCUCCGCACGCCUCAGGUCGCCGUCGCGACCAAACUUUCCCGAUACGGGUCUACUACGUCGCGCUGACGACUUCUGAAGUUGAGUUUUUAGGUUUAAAGUUAUUUAUUACCUAUAAAAGAGCUACUUUAACUCUUACUAAGCCAUUAAAAACUUUGUUGGAAGUCGAAGUAGUCUCAGCUAAACUACUCGAUGUGGCCAAAUAA